CUCCAAAGUGGCUCAACCAUACAAAACUUCAUCACCCUCCUUUACAUGCAUGCAGAGCUGAGUAAGAGCUGAAACUUGGUAGGUUGCUGAUGCCACAGUAUGUGAGCUCCCAUGCCCAGUCUCAAGGUCUUAAAAGGGCUGUGGGCUGAGUAUUUUGGUAUAGACCAAAAACGACGGGCGACGACCGACGACCGACGACCGACCGCCGAAUAUUGGCGGAACAAGCAUGUCAUACCACUAUCGAUUGGAGGCCACUUAUUGACAUCACCAUUAUGCCUCCUGUCAUCUGCCGUACCACAUCCUUCAUUAGCCAUAUAUUGCCAUGGAGAAGCAUUCCAUCGACAGCGUCGACGUAGACUACAUGAAGAAGGAGGUCAACGAGGUCGACGUCCAAGGCAUGGUAGAUGAGACAGUUCGACGCGUACGGGAGCAGUCAGAUAGAAUUCAAGCUGCUGCCAUGCCUUACGCUGAGAAGACACGAGCCUAUGCAGAGCGACAGCCUGUUCUUUUUACCUAUCUCGCAAUUUUCGUCGCACUAAGCAUCAUCCCGGUCGGCUUCUUCAUUGGAUUCGUGCUGUCCGCGUCGCUCUUUAUAAUCGCAGCCGCAGCAGUCGCAAUCUUUGCUUGUGUUCUCGGUGUCGUCGUGCUCGGAGCCUGCUUUCUCCUUCCCACGCUUUUCGUCACGUCGCUCGUCUCUCUUUUUUUCCUCUCAUGCCUGCUUGGGCUCUUCCUGGUCCAUCGUCUCUACCUGCACAUCACCGCUGCCAAAUCGACUAAUGGACGUGUCGACUAUGACUCACUCUCUCGAGGUGUCAAAACGUGGCUCGAGGAGACUGUCGAUCGAGUGCCUCCUCCGCGUUUCGAUUAUUCGUCUCUCACUCUCGGGGCCAAGCAGGAGCCACACAAUCCUCUCGCGAUCGAUCCGGCUCCGAUCAAGUCGACCCAAGUCAAGACCGAGAAGUAAGAGUACUGAUAGCUGCGUUGUAGAUAUUUCGAGACCCUGCGAAUAUAGACAGAUAUGACAUAGACCAGAUCCAUGCAAGUAUGACUACCAAG